CCGGCGCCGCUGUCGUUGCAGCGCGGUGGGGGCAGUGUCUGGAGGUACCGCCACCGCCACCACCACCACCAUCAUCAUCAUCACCACCGCCACCACCACCACCACCCCUCCCUCCCUUCCCACUUUAGUACUGAUCCCCUCCGUGAACGGACCCCGCUGCUGAGCCUCCAGCUCCGGUAACCAUGGGCUCCGAACGGGACUCCGAGUCGCCCCGCUCCUCCUCCAUCCACUCGGCCGCCGCUAAGUGCCCGAAGCCCGGCCGCCGCCGCCGCCGCCUCUCCUUCCAGAGCGUCUUCUCCGCCGCCGCCGCCUCCGCCGCCGGCAGCCGCCGCCGCGCCAAGGCCGAACCGCCUCCCGCCGCCCCGCCGCCGCCUCCCGCCGCCCCGCCGGCCCCGCCGCCACCUCCCCCGCCGCCUCCGCCGCCCCCUGAGGAAGCUCCGGUGGUCCCGGAGGGUGGUGGUGAAGAGGAGCUGGAAUGCCCGCUGUGCCUGGUGCGGCAGCCGGCAGAAAACGCCCCGCGGUUGCUGUCGUGCCCGCACCGGUCGUGCGGGGCCUGCCUGCGGCAGUACCUCCGCAUCGAGAUCACCGAAUCCCGCGUCAACAUCUGCUGCCCCGAGUGCAGCGAACGCCUCAACCCCGCCGACAUCCGCCGCCUCCUCCGGGACUCCCCACACCUCGUCGCCAAGUACGAGGAGUUCAUGCUCCGCCGCUGCCUUGCCGCCGACCCCGACUGCCGGUGGUGCCCGGCCCCCGACUGCGGCUACGCAGUGAUCGCCUACGGCUGCGCCAGCUGCCCCAAGCUGACCUGUGAGAGGGAUGGCUGCCAGACAGAGUUCUGCUACCACUGCAAGCAGAUAUGGCAUCCCAACCAAACCUGUGACAUGGCCCGCCAGCAGCGGGCACAGACCCUCCGGGUGCGGACCAAGCACACCUCAGGCCUCAGUUAUGGACAGGAAUCUGGUCCAGCCGAUGACAUCAAACCGUGCCCACGUUGCAGUGCUUACAUCAUCAAGAUGAAUGACGGGAGCUGUAACCACAUGACCUGUGCUGUCUGUGGCUGCGAGUUCUGCUGGCUCUGCAUGAAAGAGAUAUCUGACCUCCAUUACCUCAGCCCCUCUGGCUGUACAUUCUGGGGCAAAAAGCCGUGGAGUCGUAAAAAAAAGAUUCUCUGGCAGCUGGGCACGUUGAUCGGCGCUCCCGUGGGCAUUUCCCUUAUUGCUGGCAUUGCCAUUCCUGCUAUGGUCAUUGGCAUCCCUGUCUAUGUUGGGAGGAAGAUCCACAGCAGGUAUGAGGGAAAGAAAACCUCUAAGCACAAGAGGAACUUGGCCAUCACUGGUGGGGUAACCUUGUCUGUCAUUGCCUCUCCAGUCAUCGCUGCUGUCAGUGUGGGCAUUGGAGUCCCCAUCAUGCUGGCUUACGUCUACGGUGUCGUGCCCAUCUCGCUGUGCCGAGGGGGUGGCUGUGGGGUCAGCACUGCCAAUGGCAAGGGGGUGAAGAUUGAGUUUGAUGAAGAUGAUGGACCCAUCACAGUGGCUGAUGCCUGGCGGGCUCUGAAGAACCCCAGCAUUGGGGAGAGCAGCAUCGAGGGGCUGACCAGCGUGCUCAGCACCAGCGGCAGCCCCACCGACGGGCUCAGCGUCAUGCAGGGCAACUACAGCGAGACAGCCAGCUUUGCAGCCCUCUCGGGGGGCACCCUCAGUGGGGGUGUCCUCUCAGGGGGCAAGGGCAAGUACAGCAGACUGGAAGUACAGGCAGAUGUCCAGAAGGAAAUUUUCCCCAAAGACUCAGUCAGCUUGGGGGCUAUCAGUGACAAUGCCAGCACUCGAGCCAUGGCUGGUUCCAUCAUCAGCUCCUACAAUCCCCAGGACAGGGAGUGCAAUAACAUGGAGAUCCAGGUGGACAUCGAAGCUAAACCAAGUCACUACCAGCUGGCCAGUGGCAGCAGCACAGAGGACUCUCUGCACGUCCACACCCAAAUGGUGGAGAACGAGGACGAGGAGGAGGAGGAGGAAGAAGAAGAAGAGAAAGGUGAGCAGGAGCACCAAAGCUGUGAGCAAAAAGACUGCGUUGCCAGCAAAACCUGGGACAUCACCCUGGCCCAGCCUGAGAGCAUACGGAGCGACCUGGAGAGUUCCGACACUCAGUCAGAUGACGUGCCAGACAUUACCUCGGAUGAGUGUGACUCCCCCGGCUCUCAGACUGUGGCAAACUGCCCUCAGACCCCCAAAGCUACAGAUGCUGAGAGUCCAAGUGCCCACCUGAGCCACUGUGCCCAAGCCGAGAGCUGCCCUCUGGAUGAGAUGGUCAACCUGGAGUGCAUCGAAGCCAGAGUAUGAAGCAGCCACCUCCUGAAAAGCACACUCGCUGUCGUUGCUUUUUUUUUGUUUGUUUUUGGGGGGGGGGGGGAGGGGGCCAGGGUUGUGUCCAUGUUGGCUUCUGUUUACGGUUCUCCAGCUGGCUGCCCAUCCUCAACUUGGGGAGCUGCUGUUUCUUACGUGGCAAAAAAAAAAAAAGGAGGAUUAAAAAAAAAAGAAAAAGAAAAAAGGAAGAAAAAAACAAACAAAAAAACCCAUCCCCCGCCCUCUUUUUGUUUUAAUUUAUUGGUUCAAGCUCUGUGAGGUGUGUAAGAGUGUAAAUAUGUAUGUGUGUCUGUAUGUUUGCAAACAUCCUAAGGGACUCUUUGAAUAAAGACUCUGGUUGUCAUUCCA